UUGUAUAAUUGGGUCGGUGCUGUCUCUCUUCCAGAUUUGAUGUUUCCCUGGCAGCAAAUGCACAGAUGCAAAGAGCCCAAAUCAGCAUCAGGAGGAGUGAGUCUCCUCCUUUUCUGGGCGGACACGUCAGAUGCCACAUGUUUCAUAAAGCCUGGCUAUCAGUGCCACAAACACACAGAGACACCACUACACCAUGAAGCGAGAUUCAGACUGCAUGAGACGCGGGUCCAUCCGUGGAUACUUCAUCUCAUCUCUUUUCGGUUUCUUCUCCGUGCGUCUUUGAGCGCGAGCGGUGAUGCAAGCUCUCCACAGGCCGGUGCUGGUCCGCGCACCCGAGCACGAGCUGUGGCUGGAGAGGAUGGCGGAGUACCAGAACCAGAGCGGCUUCCUCAACGGGUCCGAUCUGACCCGCUUCAGCAACUUGGAUGACAUCGACAUGGCCGCGGACGGCACCCUGGAGCUGCGCAUCAUGAUCUCCAUAGUGUACGCGGUGGUGUGCGCGGUGGGUUUGGUGGGGAACCUGCUGGUGAUUUUUUUGAUGAGAGUGAAGCAGGGGAGGAAGAAGUCGACCAUCAACUUUUUCGUCCUGAACCUGGCCAUCACGGACUUCCAGUUCGUCCUGGCACUUCCGUUUUGGGCGGUGGAUAACGCGCUGGACUUCAGCUGGCCGUUUGGAAACGCGAUGUGCAAGAUCGUCCUCACCGUGACCGUGAUGAACAUGUACUCCAGCGUGUUCUUUCUGACCGCCAUGAGCGUUACGCGUUACUGGUCUGUCGCGUCUGCGCUCAAGGAUCGAACCCGCUACAAAACGUGCUCGGUGAAGCUGGUGGCCGCGCUGCUGUGGGUCCUGGCCUCCGUCGCCACGACCCCCACGGCCAUUUUCGCCUCGGUGAACAAGAUCAACGGCGUCAAACUGUGUCUGCUGAGGUUUCCAGAUGGCCAGCAGUGGCACGCGCUUUAUCACCUCCAGAAAACGCUGGUUGCCUUUGUGUUCCCCAUGCUCAUAAUCACCGUGUGCUAUCUGCUCCUGUUGCGCCUCAUUCGGCAGAGGAGCAUGAACAACAACCUCCCCAAACGGCAGUCCAGAGUCACCAAAUCCGUCACCGUUGUUGUUUUAUCAUUCUUCAUAUGCUGGUUUCCAAACCACGUCAUCACCUUCUGGGGGGUUCUGGUGAAGUUUAACAUUGUCCAGUGGGAUAAUAUGUACUACAUGAUUCAUACCUACGUUUUCCCGGUCACCAUUUGUUUGGCGAAUGUGAAUAGCUGCCUGAACCCAGUGUUGUAUUGUCUGAUGCGCAGGGAGUUCAGAAAGAUGCUCAAGGAUUUCCUCUGGCGCAUUUCCUCGCCCGCCAUCGUCAACAGCUGUCAGAUCCGUCCGUUCUCCGGUACCCUCAAGGAUAACAAUGACAGCGGGGUCGUGAUCCCCCUAAAUGUGAUGGAAACGGAGCAGUUUAGACUGUCGGUGGUGAACGCGUCACCGUCCACAGACUGCGCCGUUACGAGGUAGAUGUGAUGCGCAAGCCGCGCGUAAAAGCGCUGGUCACUUGAGUCACAACACUGGAAGAGAGAGGGAACUCUUUGGAAACUCUUUUUUCCAUAAAUAUGUUGCGCAAUUCCUGUUUCAGUGCAAGCAAGUCGCAUUCUGUGCCAAAAUAUGCGUUGACUAUUAUAGCGCCAGUUUGCGUUUAUGUCCACACGAGCUGUUUCUUAACUGCGUGAGCGUUGAAUCAGACUUGUAUGUACAGAGUAUUUAAAGCCUGGGCUGUAUUGCAGAUUUGUUCUUUUUUACAUUUUACUCAUGUGUGGAGUAAAAGUGUCAUGCAUCGCAAUGAAAUGAAAGAUUUAUUUCAUUAAAAAAUGAAUAUUUAUUACAUUGAUAAUCUGUUAUUAAAUGAUAAAUAAUAGUCUAUACAACCAUGUAAAAAGUACAAUUGAUAUGUAAAAUAUGUAAUUAAUAAUUUCAUUGAUGAACAUGUCUGCAUAACUUUGAAUUUAUAAAAUAAACAUCUCUGGCUACCAGCCAGGUCUUUCAUUGUUGUUCAAAUCUAUUGCCUGGAAAUUUUGAAAUGAUUAAAAUGUACUGCUUAUUUGCUGUAUAAUAAAGGUGUGUCAAUGUAAAGCUGAUGGUCUGAAAGGAAAUGAAUGUAAACAGUGUGUUACUGUGUUUUUCGUUUGAAGAGCAUAAUAAAAGUUUACUCUUAUCACAGCCAUGU